AUGUUUCCUUCUAGCAGCAGCGCUAGUAAUUACCGGCGGCCUUUUCCAUGUGAUACCAACCAGCAGCCGCAGCUGCUCGAAAAGUCCUCUACAAAUAUCAUUGAUCAACAUGAUCAUGAAAACCCUAACUCAAUAUCACAUGAUGACCAUCAUAUUCGUCAGUACUAUUCACACUACUCUGAAGAUCAUCAACAUCAGGCACCUAAUAAUUUUCUUGAACACGACGGACUGCUUUUGAGCUACUUGCUAUCUCAGCAGCAGCUCUUGGUUGGAAGCUCCAGUCCGAAUAUGAACAGUGCUACUUCUCAUCAUGUUCAAGCUCAUGAUACUACUGAAAUCAGCGUUGUGGCUUCCAAUUCAAACAAAAAAGUAAUGGAUCGUGUUGACGAGGAUCGGACUGCCCCAGCUGCAACUUCGAAAGGGUGCUCUUCAAAGAAGAAGAGCAAUACAUCAAAUGGAGAAAGCAAGAACGCGAAGGCUCCUCGAAAGAGAUCAAGCGGGAAUAAGGACAGGCACAGCAAGAUCUACACAGCUCGAGGCCCAAGAGACCGCAGAAUGAGGCUGUCUCUUCAAAUUGCCCGCAAGUUCUUUGAUCUUCAAGACAUGCUGGGGUUUGAUAAAGCCAGCAAAACCAUCGAGUGGCUUUUCACAAAGUCCAAGACUUCCAUCAAGGAACUCAAGCAGCACCUCAACAUCUCACCCCUGGCAGCUUACAGCUGUAGCACCAAUGCCAACGCUACUUCUACCAGCACAAUCACUGCAAAGAUGAAUUCGUCCACUUCUGAGAAUAGCGAAGUUGCAUCCAAGAUUCAGGAGACUGCAAAUGGCGACGUACACUCGAUUGGGACAUUGGAAAGAGAGAAAAAGAACAGGAAGUUAUGUGUGGUUGCGAGGGAAUCGAGGGUCGAGGCAAGAGCAAGGGCAAGGGAGAGAACAAGGGAGAAGAUGAUGAGGACCAGAUCAGGUUUGGAUCAAUAUCAGAAUUUAAGAAAACAAAGCCCUGAUGAUGAUCAAGUACCACAAAAUCCUAAUAAUGAUCAAUUCUCAGGCGGUCACUACUUAUGGUCUUCUAAUUGUCCUAAUGAUCAAUUGUUUGAACCUGGAAUGAUGAUGAAUUCCAUGGUGAUGAGCAUCAAUCAUCAUGAUGAGAAGGUUGUGGGCAGCACAACAAUUCCCAGUGGAGCAAAUUCCGAGGAUUAUGAUUUUCCAAGUUUUCCUGGGAAUUGGGGCCAAAUCAACAAUUCCAAGAACACUACAGGUAAUAACGUGCUGCAAAUAGAUCCAAACCCUAGUAACUCAUCCACUAUGGCUACUGCUCCUCCUACCUCAUACCCCCUAGAACAAAAGCCUAGUUCAGUUUUCAUGUCCACCUCAUCAAGCAUGCAAGAACAAAACCCUAGUUCAAUCUUCGUCACAACCUUGAUUGCUGAAGACCAAAAUCCCACUACUUGUUCAAAUUUUGGGACCAAUUCAAGUAUUGUUUUGCAGUCCCAGUUCCUUGGAAAUUAA